CGCCAAACACAUUAGGAUGGAAUAGAUGCAGCCUUAUGUCCGCUGCACUCAACAUCACAACACACACACACGUGUGCUGCUGUCUGCUCACUCAACACUCACUCAAUUCAAUCUGCCAGACAUCAUCUCUUCCCUCUUUGAGAUACAGCAUACAGCCAAUGUUUGUAAACAACAAACAAUCACACAUAAAUAUUUCAUGGCUAGCAUACUGAUGUAAUACACAAGGCACACCUGCGCGUGGCGCUGUCAGCAAGCACGCGAACGGAACCACGUGACCCUACACACCAUAGAAGAAUGCGCACGAGGCCAUCGUCGUCUGCUUACAAGAAGUGGAAUUACUUCUGUAAGUCAUUAUGGAGUGUGAGACAACGAAAUAUCAGGAGAAUAUCGACUGAGGGACUUGCUACCGAGUGUGGUUUGUGAGACAGGAGCAUUAGGACACACCAGGCGGGUGUCUUCAGAGAUGCUGUUUGGAUGUUUACCCCCUGAAGGAGUGAAAUGACAUCACGGUGCAGCAUUAACAUGGAGCACACCAUCAGUACCACACCCAAAAUACAUCACAUGCACUCUCCAGCAUUCUAAAACCUCCUCAACACAAUCCUGCACGUCCAAGUGGCCGAAAUGAAAGCUUCUAAAUUAAGACACAGGAGAUAAUGAACAAGCAUUGUUGGCCUGCUGUAUUGCUGCCAUGGCAACAAGAAGCACCUCACCGUGCCGUCACCAGGGAGACCUCACCACCGUGAUGGAUGAGGGUUUGGAGGUAUCUGCAGGUUACCGCCGUUGGGGUGGGAGGAGUUUUCCGAAGCACCUGUCCUGCUAUUGUCGGGGUCAGAAGUUUAAGGUAAACCAAUCUCCUCCCGUGGGAAGCACAGGCCGGCUAUUUAAGGACUGCUUGAUAAUGAGGAGGCAUGGAUGGAAUCCUGCAGCUUGAUCUCCAUCAUCAUCAACACACAAGCACCCGGAUACUGGUUUUCUUCUUGCAUUUUUGGCGCCCUCUAUGGGUUGCUGUGAAAGACAUGCUAGCGUACAUGUCAUACAGAUCUAUUCAAGGUUGGUAACUGAAUUGUCUGCCUUUUGUGCAAACGGUUAAUAAAGGUUAACACUGGCGGGAACACUUUUGAUAAUUAAAACGCAACACUUAUGGUUUUUUGAUGAUAUUUUAGACCCAUCUCCUCUUGUUUCGGGGUAGAUGCAACCCCUCCUGCUGUGCCUCUUUCUCUCUGACCCAGCCUUGUGGUUAUUAAUAAACCUAAACAGAUUUGAGGUAGUCAUAGCCACACAUAGCUAGCUGCACACUGACUAGAAAAGAGAGAGAGAGAGAGAGAGAGAGACGGGUGAUAGGCUGGGUCUUUAUACCCUGUUUAUACCCCUCAGCCCCUCUUUUUACACCCCCCACAUUCUGCUUUGUCAUUUCUAAAGGAUUCAUCCACCAACAGAGGAGGUUUGCAGCUGCAAGGCAACAGGGUCAGCUGUUGUUGGAAUAAGCCAUGCUGGACCACUCCCAUGCCUGCCUCUCUUCAUCCCUCGAUGAUGGAUGGGAACAACAUAUGAAGCCAUCUUCAUUGCUUUUGGGAAGGCGCGCUGGUGGACCGCUGUAAUUAUAAUUCAAAUGCAGGACAAACAAGAGGACCAAGAUGACCUCAGUUAGCGUACCCCCCAGCUGGCUUGUUUCCUGGCUUCGAAAAUGGUAUGCAUUAUGAAGUAUACUUAAAAUCUAUAAAGGGCAGCAAUGGAUGACGACCAGAUGAAGCCUCUCUUCAUCGGCGAAGAAGAGACCAUUGAGGACCCGGAUGGACCUGACAUGGAUUCCAGAGAGGAGGGCAGCCAUUCUGCUUUUACUUUUGCGAGCCGUUCAUCUGUGUUCCUCAGGCCGUACUUACAGGAGAUGGAUGACUUACUAAGGAGCUGCGAGGACAUUACAGGCGUUUCUUACGAUUCUCACCUCUCUGGGGAGUCAGAAGCGAGUGAGAGGAAAGACAGCGAAUGGGAAACUCCAUAUUUUUCCACAAGCUGCUCCGUGGAUAAAACAGAACUGUCUCUGGGAGGCGUGGAUGUUCCUCACCAGGCAGACCUCCCUCUCACUUUGGCGGGGAGCCAAUUGAGCGACACCAUGGUGGAGUACGAGGGCCGGCUGCUGGGGAUGUUGGCCAUGCUGGAGAACUGCAUGGACUUUGAGGCCGAUACGAGUCAAGAGUAUGUACAUGUGAAGAAUGGUGGUGAAGCCACACUGGAAGGAAACCACUCACAGGAGCUUCCAUACAUCUGUGACGGUUCCACAGUGGAGAGGUCCGGUUUUGAGUUGGAUGUUCUUGACCAACAAUCAACGACAAUAGGUGGAACGUCUGAAGAAAAGAGAGUCCAUGACACAUCUCAAUCAUCGUUGAGGAUUGAUAGCGGGGAUUUGAGGUCUGGAGCGGAUGGAUUUGAGGCACUGAGGUCUCAAAUGGAGGAGUGCAUCCAGGAGGUACAGCACUUGGAGAACAGGAGAAAGGAAUUACUCUCAGAGGUUCUGGAGCUGAGAAAGCAGAAAGACCCAGAAGCAGAAGAAGAGAAACAAGAGGUCAUGGAGGAUGACGUUUUAAGCAAGGUGUUUGAGUUGAUGACAGUGCUUCAAAAGGAGGAGGAGGCCUGGAGAGAGGAGAGGAAGAGGGAGAUCGCUAGCUUGAGGUCCGAAAGAGCUGAGGAGGAGCGGCGAGUGUGGAAGCUCAACCUGGAGAUGCUGGAGAUGCACGACGAGCUCCGAAAGCUGAAGCGGCAGCUGUUUGCCAGGGCUAAGGAGAGUGCGCAUGCCCAGGCAGCUUUGAACAAGCAACGCCAUGAGAUGGAGUUCCAAAAGAGACAGGAGGAGAGUCUGCAGAAUCUGGUCCUCCAGAUGACAGAUGAGUGUGUACAGCUGAAGCUAGCCCACCAGCAACAUCUCUUGGACCUCCAAGCUGAGAUUCACAGGCACGGCGCCAACCCCACCUCCAAUAUAACACGGGAGGAGCUGUGCAAGAGGCACUCCCACGGGGAUAUACAGCAGUACCUGCAGGGCAGCCUGACAGCCUUAGAAAACAGGUAUGAGCCCAUGUUGCUGGCCUUGCUGAAGAGGAAAGAGACAACCACAAGUUCUUUUGCAAAGGCCAAAGAGCAGGUGCAGGACCUCAGGGCUCAGUUAAGACCCCUGAAGGAUGAGUUGCAAAAACUGGAGCUCCAGAGGACUUGCUUGGAGGAGAACCUCAAACUCACCCACAUACAGUGGAGAGAGGAUGCUGGGUACUAUGAGGAGACCAUCUGUCGUCUGGAGGAGAGCAGCAGGAACUUGAAGAUGGAGUUGACAAUACAGAAAAGAAAAAACAAAGAAGCAGCUGAGAUGAGAGAUCUCCUGUCUGAGCAGAUCCUCCUUUAUAGGUCUGAUUGUGGAGACAAGCACAAGUUGGAGCACAAAGAGGAAACAUGAAAAGUGUGGUGAUGGUCCUUUCAAUAGAGGCCAUAUAAUGCAAUUUACAUAAUUUGACAGUUUGUUUGAUUGUUCAUAUACAGUACACACACCAAUAUCUGACACAUUUGUAGGUUAAAUAAAAGGCAAAUAAAAGUACAUAUAAUGCAAUUUUUUCAUAUAUAUAUAUCUCUAUAUAUAUACAGACACAUAUAUAUACAUACACAUACAUAUAUAUAUAAUACACACACAUAUAUAUAUACAUACAUACACACACACACACACACACUUGGAGCGAGUGACCAGUUUGAUUAAUGAUUAAUAUCUGCUGAAGGAAUACAACCACAUGUAGCGCAAUUAAGUGCUUUUUAAUCAAAUAAAAUUCUUACAUAAUCGUUUG